AUGAGUUUCGGAGGCGGAAUCCAGCAGCAGCUGGAUGUUCCGUGCCAGAAAGUCGCCGACUGGCUUCUUUGCCGUCGUCAGCUGGCAGAAAACUGGGUUCAGCUUUUGAAAGCCGCACACGCGCACGUGGAGGAAGCCGCUGCGCAAGGCGUCGGCGAGGAGAAGGCAGCGGAGGAGUUUCUGAAGGAAAACAGACAUGAACUCAACUACUUGAAAAUCAAGGAGCUCGUGUCGAUUCUCUCGCAGUCUCCGCAGUCCUCAGGUGUCUCGGUGCUCGGCCUCUCCUUCGGCUCCGCCCUCCUCCGGCGAUGGCGCGCGCUGCAGCGCGCCAUGGAGCGCGGCAACCUGCACAUCGUUGACAUGAGCAGGUGGUUUUGCCGGCAUCUGCACGACGGGAUUCCGGCCCUGCAGCGCUCCAUUCAGGGGAAGCAGAAGCAGAUCUCGGAUGGUGGCAAGCGGAAGCAGGAGUUGCUGCGGACGGCCCAGGAGGCGGAGAGUGCGCACGCCGCGCUGUGUGAGAAGUAUGGGAUCCCGAGUGCGGCGGGAGGGCAUUCAGGCUCUCUCGCGCUGAGCGAUUUGGAGGAGCGCAUUCUGCUUCACGUGAACCAGGUUUUGCCUGGGCGCCUCAACCAAGUCGAGGACCUCCUCGUGGCGGAGGGCGCGGCGAUGGUUGAGGUCUACAGACGCUUUCGCGCGUACCAGCGCAGCCAGAACGUCCUUGAGCGCGGCGAGAAGGUGCCUGCGCCGGGGCCUGAAGGCAGCGAGGACGGAGACGGGUUCCUCCCCAUGCUGCGGUUCGUCGCGCGCCGAGGCAACGCGCCGGCCGCAGAGGCGCUGCGUGCGCUGGCCUCCAGCGCAGACAGCCGCGCACACGAGGAGAGAGGAAACAAACGCGAGGCGAAGACUGAGGGGGUAGGGGAGAGCGCCGCGUUCUCCAUCGAAGUCGAAGCGGAGGGCGAAGGCGCGGGGAACCGCGAAGACAGCCACCGCCGUCCGACAGCGUCAGCCCAUGAUUCCGGCGUGGAGAUCCUUUCUGUUGAGGCAGAUGGCCAGGCGUGCGCCGCGAGUCUGUUCGAAUCGCGGCUCUGCCGGCGCGCUCUCCUCGACGACGUGGCGGAACUCCACGCGUUUCUCUAUCAGCGACUUGAGGAGUCUGACCAGGGCGGCGGCGCAGGACGCGGCAAGAAAGCCAGCGGAAAGAAGGCAGCAGGCUCGGCUGCGGGCGCCGUCACUCAGCUUACCAGCCUGCCUGAGGAUCUCUCCAUCUCCGAAAGUCAGCUUGAUGCGUGGCUAGGCACGUGUACGACUGUCGAGGGGCUUCUCGGCGGCCGCGAAACUCUGGAACUCCUUCAGUUGAAGCAGAGCCAAGCCCAUAUGGCAAAACUUGUUUCGCAGUUCGCCCAGGCGCGCAGCAGCGCGUGGAAGCCCCGUGGCGCCGCCGCGCAGCUGGACAAACGCGUGGCUGAACUCCAGACAGAGAUGAAAGAAGAACAGAGCAAAUUGAGCGCGCUCAAGGCGGAGGCCAGAGGGUUGCGGAAAGCGAUCGAGGAAGCUCUAGGAGUCGUGGUUAAGGGCACAAAGGUUACUCUCGUAGGCAUGCAGCCGGACAAACUCGCGUGA